AUGGCCCGGCCAAGCGUAAACAUCCUGACGAGCCUCAGUCUCGGCGGGUACAACGCUGCCGCGAGCUCGUCUCGCACCCGCGCCCUCCCGCGACAGGCCGGCGCCGUGUACCGCUCGGCAAACGGUGUGGCCAUGCUGUCGCUUUCGGUGUCCGUGUCGGCGCGCCGUAUGGCGAGCACAGUGGCCGCCGAACAGCCAUGCAGGGUGAAAAAGUACCCCAGGCUCGACGAGGACGAGGAGAUGACCGACGGCCAGAAGAGGGCGUACUACCAGCUCCGGCCAGUGGUGGAACAGUUCAAGGCGCCGAUCGACAUGGCGGUCGCGUAUGGCUCGGGUGUGGUGGCCCAGGCCAAUGCGAAUGCUGAGGGACCACCACCGCUCACCGACUUCAUCAUUGCAGCGCCGUCGGCGCGCGAGUUUCACGAGGCCAACCUCCGCCAGUUCCCCGGCCACUACCCGCUAUAUGCGCGCUUGCUGGGCCCCAACGUUGUGGCCUGGUUGACAGAACAGUUUGGCGCGGGCAUGUGGUAUGUCACCAAUGUCAAGUUUGGCGAGUUGGAAGUGAAAUACGGUGUCAUCUCGACGCCCACUCUCCGGCGGGACCUCGAGGACUGGACGACGCUGUACGUCUCUGGACGGCUGCACAAGCCCGUCCUGGGCCUGUCGUGCACGCCCGACCUCAAGUCGGCGCUGUCCUCCAACAUCCGCUCGGCGCUGGCCCUCGCGCUCCUCCAGCUCCCGCCCGGCACACCAUUCACCGAGCUGCAGCUGUACGAGCAGAUCGCGGGCAUCUCGUACUCUGGCGACCCGCGCAUGAGCGUGCCCGGCGCCGAGAAUCCGGAAAAGGUGCGCAACAUUGUGCGCGGGCCCGGCGUGCUCGAGGGCUUCCGGCGGCUGUAUGGGCCCUUUUUCGCGGUCGUCGACGUCCGGUGGCAAGGCGACAAUACAAAGGGCCUGCGCGAGUGGCGCGGGGACGGCGAGCAGAUGAUGGAGCAGCCCGUGACCGACAAGCAUUUCACAAAACUGCUCGCGGGCCUGCCGCUGCACCUGCGCAAGAACGUCGCCGACCACUUCCGCCCGACGGUUGUCGGGUCCAUGGUGUCUCCGCAGGUCGCGGCCGACAGGCGCGACGCAGCUGCCGCGGCGCGCGUGGGACUCGCGCUGCACGACGACCCGGCGUUCUGGGCCAAGGUCGUCCAGCAGCCCAAGUUCCGUGAGACCGUUGCCAAUGAGGUCCGCCACAUCAUCCGCCGUCCAGCACUCACGCAGAGUGUCAAGGGCCUGGUCACUGCGGGACUCGUCAAGAGUGUCGUGUACAGCUUUGCAAAGUUCCGCAAGUGGCUCGCGGCCAAGCAAAAGCAGAGCGCCAGGGCCCAGGGCGACAAGUAG